AUGUUUACUUGUUUUGCAGCCACCUCUGGUAAUACACCAUUUGAACAGGCUCCUGUCACUGAAAACCACGUAUGGUCAAUAUGUAAUGAAGUAGGCAGAGACUGGAGACGCCUGGGUGCAGCCUUAGGGCUUGAAUCAGCGUUUUUGGAUAAUAUUGAUACUGAUUUCAAAGAAAGCCCUGAAAAGGCAUGGAAAGUGCUUCAAAAGUGGAGGCAAAAAAAAGGAAAAGGAGCAACAAUGGGAAUCCUUAUAAAUGCUCUUGAAAAGAUAGAAAGGAAAGACGUCGUCGAUAAACUGCAUGCCGGAAAAGUAGAGGAAAGGCUAAAACGCGUCGGGGUACAAAGUGGGAGGAUACGCAAGGACUUCGAACAGUUGAUGGCGGAACUAAAGAACUUGCAAAAGACCAUUAAGGAAGAACUCCAAGAACUGAAGAAAAUCCUUCACGCCGUAUUACCAACAGCAAAGGGUGAAGAGGAACGAGAGAAUACUGAAACAAGAGUCGAAAGCGUAGAGGCAGUAUUCAAUCGAGUGGAAAAGUAUCUUUCAGACCUGUUAACUGAAAAAAGCUUCAAAAAAGGUCCGGAGCAGGACACCACUUGUGUGGGGAAAACUUGCGACCAGAUCAGCGAGGCUCUUCGUGAUUUACAGGAAAAUCUCAAAAUGAUCUAUGAAAACUGGAAGACGGAAAUGGCUAAACAAAGCCAGAAAGACACCGAACAAACACAGGGAUGGGAAAAUACUCAGAAUAAAAUAAUCAAGGAAAAGGAGACUAAAAUCAGAAACUUGGAAGAAAGACACAAAACGCUUCUGGAAGAAUACGAAAAGUUACAGGAAAGAAUUGAAAAGACAUUUUUGAAGGAAAAAGAGGAAGUUUUGGAAGAAAAUAAAAAAGUCGUGGAAGAAAACGAAAAAAUUAAGGAACAGAUUGAAAAGCUAAAAGCAAAGAAAGAGGAACUAGAAUUGAGGUUAAAUCAAAAUCAAAUCGAUCCGGAAGAGCUAAGUCGGUUAAAGGCUGAAAAGUGUGAGCUGUCGACUCAACUAAUCAAGCUCACCAAAACAGCGAGCAACAGUUUGAAAGAGUGCCAGAAGCUAAAAGAGGAGCGUAAGAAUCUCAACUUCCGAAGUCGCGUCUUCCUACCAACUGAAAAGGAAUUUACCAAAAACUGCCAUGGUGUUAUAUGGUUCUUGAAGAGAGAUUCUUCUGCCUCAUCAAAACUGCUUGCUUCAAGAUCUUCCGAAGGACCAGGAAAAGCAAGUGACAUAUUUGACCAUCAGAAAGGAACUAUCAGUGGAACAGAAGAGAAGGAAGGCUCAUGGUGGUCUAUUGAUCUGGGCCCCAGUUUCCGUCUCGCAAUUACACAUUACUCUUUAAGACAAGGCCAAAGAGAUGGAGCGUCAGCACUUACACGUUGGCAACUUGAGGGAUCUAAUGAUGAAAUAAACUGGAAAGAACUUGAAACUAUUCACAACAAAAAUGAUGUACAGUUUACUGCUCCUCCUCCAUUUUAUACAGGUACGUGGUCGGUUGGAGGAGAAGUGGGAGCUUUCCGUUAUUUUCGAAUUUUCCAAACAGGUAGAAACUCCUCCCACAAAUAUGGAAUAUAUUUAUCUGGAAUUGAGCUGUUCGGAAUGCUCCUGUAUAUCUAA